CUUGGCUUUCUCAUCCUCCGACUAUAUAUAUAAUUACAGUCCAACACUUCUCCUCCUCGAUUCUAAUCAGCCGUCUCUCCUUUAAUGUUGCCUCCGCUCAGCCGUUCAUCGGAGAAGCAAACCACCGUCAUGCAUCUCCCAGAAGAUCACACAACGUCCUCCAACACCACCUUCGUCCAAGCUGACCCCUCAAACUUCCGAACCAUAGUACAAAAGCUCACGGGUGCUCGUGAUGACCCAUCAGCCGCCCAGAAAUUCGCCAUCACGCAUCCGACCCGCGGCAUCCCUGAAAUGGGCCCGAAGAAGCCUGCUUUUAAGCUACAGGAGCGCCGGCGGUCGGCAAAGAAGCUGGAAAUCGAGCUUUUCAACGGUGACAUUGGCAAGAACGCGGAGUUUCCGGAGUUGUUCCUUGUAAAACAGCGCGGGUUCAUGGUGUCACCGGUGUCGCCGCUGGAAUUCUGGCAGCGCGUGAGUCCCACGUCUGGCGGUGGUAGCGAGAGCUCUACAUCUCUGGUGGAGGAAGAAGAGAAAGCAAUUGCAAAUAAAGGGUUUUAUUUACAUCCGAGUCCGAAGAGCACGCCUAGAGGGGCGGAGCCGCCGGAGUUGCUGCAUUUGUUUCCUUUGCAAUCUCCGAGAGACGGCGAGGAUGAGGAACAAAAUUAAUUCAUCUAUGUGUUGACUGACUUUUAGAUAAGAUUUUCAAUGGUUAAUUUAGUGUUUUGUUAUUUGUUAGUAAAUUUUUCUUGGUUGAUGUUUUAUCUGUAGUUCUUUCGAUUAUAUAUCUAUUUUAUUUGAAUGAGCUAUAUAGCCUCCCUGUGCAAAAAUUUCUCUCUUGUUAUUCUAAUGAGGAAUUAUUUUGCAAUUAUCAUUGGAAAAUAUAGACAAUAGAAUAAG